UAAUUACUUAGGUAAUGAUGGGCAAAAACAGGUAAACUAUGUAACUGUAAGCAUCACAAAACAAGUGCACCAGGAAAUGAUUACAAGAGAAGAGCUGCAUGUAACCACAUGUCUUAUCACUAGUUUCCUCAAAAUGUGAUUUAUCAAAUUCUAUUCUUGAAAUCUGCCCUCUUGUGGAGGAUCUGCGAUCUGGAAAGUACCAGUUUCUGCUGCCUGCACCUUUUGUGAGUUUGAGCUUCAAAAAUAAAAAGGAAAUCUUUUUUCCCUCUUUUUUUAACAAGUCUUUUAUUGACUCAGACAAUACUGCUUUAAGUUCAUCCCAAAAUUAUUUCUACCCCAGAUUUGAUGUGAUCUUUUAAUUUGACCAGCAUGUUUCUUCUGACUGGAAGUUACAGGUACGUUUUGUAGUGGUCCAACCAGAGUCACGGUUUCUAUGGACUUUCCACUUUUUAAAUUGAAAUAAAAAUGGAUUUCUCUAUCACCCCAUUCUUGGUUAAUUAAAAAUAACUUUAAAUUUACCAGAUGCUUGAAUAAUGUCUGCCUUAACUAUGUAUCAUUGAAGAUUUCGUUGAAAGAUUGUGAAAAUGUGUCCAUCAGUUUCAGUUGUGAUACUCUUGGUACGUUGGCAGAAUUUAUGAGUCAUUGCAACAACAUGCUUCAACAAGAGUUUGACAUCUUGGGGGGGGGGAGGGAAGCAAAAAAACUUCCCCUAAAUGUGUUUCCCCUUAAAUGUGAAUAACUGGACAGCUAAAAGCAUGGAUAUGAGAAGGAGGGAAUGCAUGUACACAGAAAUAAGUCAUAACCUUUGAAUUACUACAAAAAGAAAAAAAAAAAACAUGAAGAUUUUUCUUGUUUAAUUUCAUUCAGGAUGUAUAAGCAAGUGCUAUUUUGCCAUACUGGUGAAUCAGCAAUGAGAUUCUAUGACUUUAUGGCAGAGAUCUUGGCCUUAGGAGAUCCGAGCUUACAAGGUGUGAGAAAUCUUUAACCUUUGCACAUGCCAGCUUGUUUUGUGAGUGUGAAUGCGUGUGAGCUGGUACUGUAUGGACAGCUGACAUCCAAGGACCCAAACAUGAUGUAUAUAAAGGGACUUUAUGUUUGAGUGAAAGUCACUUUCCGACUGAAGCCUUUCACUCACAGAAUGAAUGCCUUUUAUACUGUCUUCCUCUUGGCUGUUGGUCUCUCCGUAGCCCACUCUCUGGACUACAAGGCUCUCCAUCAGUUCAGGGCCAUGAUCCUGUGUAUGUUGCCUGAUAGCUGGCCUGCUCUUGACUAUUCAGACUAUGGUUGUUACUGUGGAUACGGAGGCUCUGGCACACCCAUUGAUGAUCUGGAUAGGUGCUGCCAGGUUCAUGACCAGUGCUACAGUGACGCCAUGCAGCAUCCGGAGUGCUGGCCCAUCCUGGAUAACCCUUAUACCGAGAUUUACUCCUACACCUGUGAUGAGGCUAACAGAAAGCUCACUUGUACAAACCAAAACAAUGAAUGUGAGAUGUUCAUCUGUGAGUGCGACCGCAAAGCCGCAGAAUGUUUCAGCAGGUCAGAGUGGAACCCCGAGCAUGAGCACCUGCCAAGUGACCAGUGUCAGUAGAGUCCUGCACAAACAGCUGCGUCUAGCAAAGAAUCUGUGCCACAACAAUUUACAAACUGCUAUACUACUUCAUCUGGUGUCAUUCUGAAUCACAGUGACCUCACAGGACCAUCUACUAAAUAUAUGAUUCCAGCGUGGCCUUUCAAGCAUCCAUCUUUUCUCCAUCUGGAUGUUUCUGGUUGGACUUGCUGCUAUAUCUCACCCUAAAUGUCAUCAUCAUGUUUACCAUCCACUUGAGUGUGAUGGUAAUUGCAAUUUUUAGUGCAGUUUGCAGUCAGCAGAGGGCACUGUUCCUCAUUUAUCCCAUUAGUGUGUCGGACGACAGAGUAAAGCAUUGACUUGCUCAACAACAGUUGUUCUUCUCACUUUAUGUAACAUAUCUAGAAAUAAUAAAUGACUUUUUUCCAGAGGAAAAUAAAUAUUUUCUUUUUCAUUACCUAAAUCCUCAAAAUUUUCACUUUUAAGUGGUCUGUAAAUUAUUGCAAUGACCUUAGUAAUUUUUUGCCAAAACUGAUUUUGGCAACAACAAUACUUUUGGCAAAAAAUGGCUUUAGCCAUUACUUUAGGAAAGUGAAAAAAUGUUAAACCAAUUUUCGUGUAACUAUUCUGGUGCUUUCCAAUUGAUUGCAUCAUGCUGACAGCAUGACUUAGUUACACAAUGUUUGCAAUAAUAUUAAAUUCCUAUUGCAUAAUUGAAAA